AUGGGAGACCCGCAUUGCCUCAAGCACUAUCACCCCGUCUGGACCGCGCCGCGACGCACUCAAUCGCCGGCCCGCGUGAUCUGGCUCGUUGAGUCAUCCGUCCACACCACUGAGCGCUACGUUUCACCUCAUGGCACCUCAACAUCCCACAUUCCCGCUCGUCUUCCUUGCCGUGACGACUUCCGCACGCUUCCGACCUUCUUCGGCGACGAUGAAAGUUUCGAUGAUAUCGAGCCCCGGGCACUCGAGGUGGUCUUCCACCGUCAGUGUUAUCGGCCCCUUAACACGGCGACCACGACCAGGGAACUCGCCCAGGCCGUACUUGGAGUCGUCACAGGUGAGCACGGGGAUCAACUGGGCGGCCUUGCGUUUGCGCUCCCUAGCCGACACGCCCGUUCCCAUGACAAUGCAGGACACCGAAACCUCUACAGGCUGGGGUAUAUCCACCGGGAUAUUUCGUACGGUAACGCCGUCAUCGACCGCGACGGUGUCGGCGUCCUUAUCGACUAUCACCUUGCCGUCCCUCAUGAUCGGCCUUGCACCGAGCUGCACCACAGAAUACGAUCCGUGCGUCCUCCCCUCUGUAUGUUUAUCCGAAUGAAGUUUCCGAGAAGCACUAAUCUUUGGACUAUACGACGUCUUACAGGGCACCUGGCCCUACCUCGCCUGCUCGAUCCUCGCCCAACCGAAUGAGCGGCUCGGUGUUGUCCACGAACGAUGGCACGACAUCGAGUCGCUUUUUUACGUCGUGAUGGAAGUUUCGUUCCGCGAGCCUUACCAGGGCAACAAUGAAGAGCUUGUCAUGACGCCAAAGGGUGAAACCAUCUGGCGGGACUGGAAUCGGCCAGAAGCGCACCUAGUCUAUGCUAUCAAAGAUAGGCUUCGCAAGGACGAACCUUACGAAUCUGUACUCGAAGGCUGCGCACAUCGAUGGACGAACAUCAAGCAACUGGUCGAUAUCUUGCGACACCAUUGUGGUCUUGAUAACCAGUUCUAUAAUUUGAAGUUGGCUGCGGAAGAGGCCAAGCUGGGGGAAUUGUGGGGUCCGUCCGGGACGAUGUCCCACGAAGCUAUCAUCUCGGAGAUUGAGCGACUAAUUCCCUUGCUCUGA